GUGUUUUGCUGUGACACCGGGAAUCGAGCUGCGAAUCUUUCCUCCGAGUUUUAAAAUGGUUUUGCGGUUUAUGUAAGGUUUUAACAGAACAUCGGCUGACCUCCAUCUCAUCCAUGACAUCUUUGUGGUUGAAAAUCUCCGCUGCUCUGCCUCCUAAUGAAGAACAGUUUCCGCUGACCUUUAGUGAUAAAGUACCGUUAAGUGUUGUGGAAAUGCUGAAAUUGGCCCGAAAGCAGCUGUAUGGCAACACGACGAGCGCCAGCCAGAUUCUCAAUGCUCAAAUCAUCGUGGACUAUUCAUGGGAGAGACUCAACAUGGGAACAUGGCGUGAUGUGGACAAAGAGUGGAGGCGAGUUUACUCCUAUGGCUGCCUGUUUAAAGCUGUAGCACUUUGUAGAGAAAACCCAUUAGAGGAGGAGAUCCUGCAGGCGAUCAGGACAUGUGACAUGGCUUUGCUGAUGGGCGCAGCCAUUAUGGAAAAUCUACUUCAGGUCAUCGUUUGUAUUCUACAAACUGGAAUAAGAAAAUUGGCGAAAGAAGAAGAUAAUUCAGAAAACAUUGAGGCUAAGAAAAGAAGGAUUGCAAGCCCACAUGUUGGUCUAAUCAAAGAAGACUUGUCCGUUCCCAGAAUUAAGUGUCCUUCACUGGAAAGCUUCAGUGCAAACCACCUCCUUCCUCUCAAACCCGUGAUUUUAGAGGGGAUAAUUGACCACUGGCCCGCCUUCAACAAACAUCCCUGGAGCAUAGAGUACCUGAGGUCUGUUGCCGGCUGCCGGACUGUUCCUGUCGAGGUUGGGUCCCGCUAUACAGACGAGGACUGGUCACAGACGCUGCUUACGGUCAAUGAGUUCAUCGACAAAUAUAUUUUGAAUAAAGUUGGAGUGUCUGAGAGUGGACACAAAGCUGUGGGUUAUCUUGCACAACACCAGCUUUUUGAUCAGAUCCCAGAGCUUAAGGAAGACAUCCGCAUCCCAGAUUAUUGCUGUCUUGGUGAAGGUGAUGAAGAUGACAUCACUGUGAAUGCAUGGUUUGGACCCCAGGGUACUGUAUCUCCUCUUCACCAAGAUCCUCAGCAGAACUUUCUGGCUCAGGUUGUGGGAAGCAAAUACAUCCGGCUGUACUCCCCAGAGGACACAGCAAAGCUUUAUCCUCAUGAUUCUCAGCUUCUUCACAACACCAGUCAGGUGGAAGUGGAGAAUCCAGAUGCUGAACGCUUCCCUGAGUUUGUCAAAGCACCAUAUCAGGAGUGUGUCUUACAGCCUGGAGAUGUGCUGUUUAUCCCUGUCAAACACUGGCACUAUGUCCGUUCUUUAGAAGUCAGCUUCUCUGUCAGCUUCUGGUGGUCAUGAUUUAAUUUCAUAAUAAAGUAUUUU